AUAUAAAUCGCCUGACUUCCUAUACCUGUUACUAAAGUUUGAAGAACGCUUGGUUCGAAUAAAUUCAGCCUCUAAUCUUACAUGAAAAAAUAAUAAGGAUAUUCAGAAACUGAAAUUCAGAUCUCGAAAAUCAUUCUCUUAGCUUGGAAUUUGAAAUUUUCAAGCGCCUCAUUCGACAUCUGCGUUUAAUUGCCAGCGCAAAUGUGUAUGUUUCGGGUUCUUGUGGUUCGAUAGCCAAAUAGUUGAAUAUCAACAAUUGUAGAAUGAUCCCUUCAACCUGGGAUGAACUUAGAAUACAAGCUCGAGUACUGGAAAGCGAAAUUGAUUCAAAGCUAGCUGUUUUCGGUAAAAUUGGGGCUCGACCAUUAGAACACAAACAUACCCCUCGUUUUACUUCUUCUGGAAUAAUAAAUAAAAGCGAUGUAACCCCAGAAGUACCACCAAAUGAUUUUGACACAAACUUUAACGUAAUGUGCAAUGAAAUCGAAGAGCAGCUUCAAAGGCUUACUCAAAUCAAUGAACGAAUGGCAACUUUUGCUCCGGAAACAGAAGCUACACCUACCUCUUUUGAUAGUACCACACGGAAUCCACUUAACCCUACUAAUAUGAUGGCAGCUGGUAGACUCAGUCAACUGCAUACAGCUAAACGACAUCGUGAAAUUCUUCGUGAUUAUGCUCAGGAGUUUCGUCAAACAAAAGCAAAACUUAUUGCUGCACGUGAACGUGAAACCCUUCUAGGAUCUGUUUAUAGAGACACAAAUACCACAACUAUAAAUCUAAGCGGUGAUUUUACUCCAAAAUCUCAAUCUGAUACAGAUUCUUCCGGUGGUAAUCAACGCUCUGGAUUACAAUCAAAUAUAUCUAGUUCAACUCGUUUACUUUUAGAUGAACAAGAAAAAUAUCAUCGAUCUAACCGUCUAUUGGAUGAACAUUUAGCUGCAGCAUCAACAAUACGAGCAGCAUUACGUGCUCAACGCUUUGCAUUACGCACUGCUUCAACAGGUUUAUCGAAUUUAAGCUCCCGCUUUCCACAAGUUAAGAAAUUGAUCAAUAAAAUCGAUUGGCGACACAAACAAGAUUCAAUUGUUUUAGGCCUAGUGAUUGGCUGUUGUGUUGUGUUUCUUUUAAUUUAUCGCUUCUUUUGAGUUAUAUGCAUAUAUACUACUUAUUUUUUUAGAAGGUAGUACUGUGAUGAUUUGAUGAAUAUCUUGUAAUUUCAAAAUAUGAAUGAGGUGCCUAUAAGUGUGUACAUGUAUUUCUGCUAUUGUCGAUAUUAUUAUUAUUAUUAUUACUCUUUUAAUUUUUUCAUUUUGUCAAUGUCUUCUCAUUAAAUUUAUUUGAAUUUUGACUUAUUGGGCUGAUACAUGAUGUGUUUUAUAUGUAUUGAGAGGUUCAAUUUAAACAAAGAAACAAAAUGUAUCUCAAGUCCAUCGAUAAGAACCUUAC